AUGCCGCCAUCUUUUUCCUUUCCCUCGUCUUCCACGACCCCAAUUCUCCUCCUCAAAACCAAGUCCACCCCAGCAGACGGCUACAAUGAAUUCUUCUCCACCCACAACUACAACCCCGCCUUCAUCCCGGUCCUAGAGCACCACUUCCACGACCAGAACCUCCAAACCGUCCGCCACCUAUUCAAGUCAGGGGCAUUAAACCCCGGUCCUGGCCGGAAAUAUGGCGGAUUGAUCUUCACUAGUCAACGCGCAGUCGAGGGAUUUGCAAAAUUACUAGAUUCUCUUGACGAAUCAAUCUCCCAUUCCGCCUCUCAAGAUCUUAUUCUAUACACCGUCGGACCAGCUACCUCUCGCUCUUUGACUACCCUUCGCGAUACUCAUCUCCGGGGGGCAAGUAUCCACGGCUCUGAUUGCGGAAAUGGCGAAUCUCUAGCACGGUAUAUCCUCACCCAUUACAACCGUCACUACAGUACCACAUCGGCAGAAGCAUUAGAAGAAGAAAAAGAAGAAAAAGUUACUACAUACAAAAAGCCGCCGCCACCACUACUCUUCCUAGUCGGCGAACAACGCCGCGACAUUAUCUCGAAGACACUAAUGGGCGCGGAUCCCCCGCAACGCAUCGCGGUCGACGAAUUAGUGGUGUACGAGACGGGAGUGAUGGAGUCAUUCGAAGAGGAAUUCGGGGCUGCGAUGCGCAGCGCAAAGGAGUAUCUUACUGUCGAUACGGACCGGGUGGUUUGGGUGGUGGUGUUUUCGCCGACCGGGUGUGAGGCAAUGUUAAAGGUUUUAGGAGCUACUAGCGAUGAUACUGAUGGGAAUAGGAGGAUGGAGAGGGUGUUUGUUGCGACGAUUGGACCGACGACGAGAGAACAUCUUCGGAAUCAAUUUGGGUUUGUGCCUGAGGUUUGUGCGGAGAAACCGAGUCCGGAGGGCGUGGGGUUAGGUAUUGAGAUGUUUAUGGAGAGAGCUGGGUUGUGA